AAGACAGCACUUGCAGCUGUGAUCUGCCUUAGAUAAACACACAUACACACAGCAAUGCCAGAGAGAGAGAGAAUCAAAAUGGAGGAUUGCUGCUAGAACAGAAUAAUCAGUAUUAAUAUAUUGUCUGUGUGUGGAUUGUAUUCAUUCUGUUUUAUAUUAAGGCCAUUGUCAUCAUUUUGGAGGUAAAGGAGACAUUGCUGUGUCGUGAGAAGAACGAUCACUCCAUCCUCUGUGAAGAAAGUGGACAUUCAAUAAGAUUGAAGACAUCUGCUCUCAUUUUAGAGGUUUCUGGUUGAAAUGGAUCACAAAAGCUACAUCCUGUCAGAAACACACCUGUGAAGACUUGAGCCAAUGGAUAUUAAAGGCCAGUGCUGGACAGAUGAGGAAUCAGAUGGAGAAAAUGAAUCAGAGCAGUUUGUGUACGGUAUUCAGGGGAGCUGUGCAGCUGACCUGUACCGUCAUCCACAGCUGGACGCUGAUAUUGAAGCUGUAAAAGACAUCUACACAGACAGUGCUGUGGCUGUCAGAGAGUAUGGCACGAUUGAUGAUGUGGACAUCGACCUACAAAUCAACAUCAGCUUCCUGGAUGAGGAGGUGGCGACUGCAUGGAAGGUUAUCCGAACAGAACCCAUUGUCUUGCGUCUCCGUUUCUCUCUUUCACAGUACCUGGAUGGACCAGAACCAUCUGUGGAUGUUUUCCAACCUUCUAAUAAGGAAGGCUUUAGCUUGGGCCUCCAACUGAAAAAGAUCCUCAGCACAUUCACGUCUCAGCAGUGGAAACAUCUCAGUAAUGAGUUCCUUAAAGCCCAACAGGAGAAACGACACAGCUGGUUCAAAGCUGGAGGAACCAUCAAGAAAUUCCGUGCAGGAUUGAGUAUCUUCUCUCCGAUCCCUAAGUCUCCCAGUUUCCCCCUGAUCCAAGACACUGUGUUGAAAGGCAAACUGAGCGUCCCUGAGCUCCGAGUCACCAGGCUCAUGAACCGCUCCAUCUCCUGUACCAUGAAGAACCCAAAGGGGGAGUUGUUCAGCUACCCUCCAAACAGCCAGACUGUAGCUGUGCCGGCGGGCCGGGCCCCUGCGCAGAUUACCACCCGCCAGCUGAUUGAGUUGUUUUUCUCAUCCCAGGCGGGCGGACACUGCAAGAACAUCCCCACGCUGGAGUACGGCUUCCUCGUGCAGAUUAUGAAAUACUCUGAGCAGCGUAUACCCACACUGAACGAGUACUGCGUGGUUUGUGACGAGCAGCACGUCUUUCAGAAUGGAUCAAUGCUGAAGCCUGCAGUUUGCACGAGAGAGCUGUGUGUGUUUUCAUUCUACACACUGGGUGUGAUGUCAGGUGCUGCUGAAGAGGUCGCCACAGGUGCUGAGGUUGUAGAUUUGUUGGUGGCCAUGUGUCGAGCCGCUCUGGAGUCACCCCGUAAAAGCAUAAUAUUUGAGCCAUACCCAUCUGUGGUUGACCCUAAUGACCCCAAAACACUUGCCUUUAACCCGAAGAAGAAGAAUUAUGAGCGUUUGCAGAAAGCUCUUGACAGUGUGAUGUCUAUUCGAGAGAUGACACAGGGCUCUUAUCUGGAGAUUAAGAAGCAGAUGGAUAAAUUGGAUCCUUUGGCCCAUCCAUUACUGCAGUGGAUCAUAUCCAGUAACAGAUCUCAUAUUGUGAAGCUGCCACUCAGUAGGCAACUGAAGUUCAUGCACACAUCUCAUCAGUUUCUGCUGCUGAGCAGUCCGCCAGCUAAAGAAGCUCGAUUCCGCACCGCAAAGAAACUCUACGGCAGCACGUUUGCUUUUCAUGGUUCCCAUAUUGAGAACUGGCACUCUGUUCUGAGGAAUGGUUUGGUCAAUGCAUCUUAUACAAAACUACAGCUGCAUGGAGCAGCAUAUGGGAAGGGCAUCUAUCUGAGCCCCAUAUCCAGCAUUUCCUUUGGAUACUCAGGAAUGGGGAAGGGGCAGCAUCGCAUGCCCACUAAAGAUGAGCUAGUCCAGCGAUAUAACCGAAUGAACACUAUGCCACAGAGUCGUCCGAUACAGUCACGAUUCCUCCAGAGCAGAAAUUUAAACUGCAUCGCUCUUUGUGAAGUGAUCACAUCUAAAGACUUGCAGAAACAUGGAAAUAUCUGGGUGUGUCCGGUGUCUGAUCACGUCUGCACACGCUUCUUCUUUGUGUAUGAAGAUGGUCAGGUAGGAGAUGCUAACAUUAACACACAGGAGCCCAAGAUACAGAAGGAAAUUAUGCGGGUGAUCGGCACACAGAUCUACUCUAGCUGAAUGGGGUUUCCCGCAGACACAGCCAGGGGUUUCAUUGCUGAGAAGGAAGAAUUCCUGAGCUCCAAACUCACUCACGGAGAGAAACACAGAGGAGCCGAUUGUCUCUCUCCUGCCUCCUUUCUUUCCUCUACUCAACUCCAUCUAUACUUUGUUAACCUGUCUUUCGUAGGGAGUGUCAGACACGCAUUUUCUCCAGUUUGAUUUUCCUGUGCACGACGGAUGUACAACCGUCUGUUUCUCUCUCAACAGGAAAGGAGAUUUAAAGAAGCUGCAGGGACAAACUUAAAAGCUUUUUUCUGCUCGCUACAAAGAGCUGCUGCUGUCCCCAGAGUUCAUGUCGAUGUGACAAAUGCUGACAGACAAUAACAGCAUAUAAAUACCCUCCCACAUCUCUUUCUAACCUCUCUCUGACUUCCUGCAGAGCUACUGUCAGUGAAAUCCAGACGAGUGUUUGAUUGGAUGGCGUGGUUGUCUACUGAAACUGUUUUUAACUCGCUGAAGCGAGGUAAAGCUGUUGAAUUAUCUAUUACUUUCAAACUCUUUUUUUUUUUUUUUUAUAUCACAAGCAUUUGUUUGACAAACCGUUUGACAUAUGGGGGGGGGGUUACUAAAAUGAAUUGUGCCAGCUGAUAGCAUUGUUUGUUUGCUCAUGCCGUCUGCGUUGUUUCAGCACCCAAUUCACUUAAGGAGUUUUGCAAAUCAGGCAAUGGCGCAAAUACAGACAAUAAUUAGUGCUGAAUCCAAUUUGCACCAUGCAAUUCCCCAUGUUGCAGGUUGGUUCUGAGUGCUAGAUUGUGGAGUAUGCUGUAGACUACCAUAAUUUGGCAUAUUUUCUGGGACUGUUCAGCAUCACUCCACCACUGUGAUCCAACUGAAUCGACUCUUUUAAAAGGCUGAAAGUGUGCUUGACUUUUCCGUGCAUCUAGAUAUGUAUCCAGUUAUAACACUUUUCUCUAUUCUGAUCAUCAUAUGAUGAAUUACUGCUGCCAUGAUCACUAGAGAGUGAAAACAAAUGUGUCUUUUAAAGACAAUUCCACUUGCCACCUGCUUUUUGAUGGCGGCAAUAGCACAAUGUUAAUUGUGCCAUACAAAUAACGCAGAUUUUUGUGAACGAGGUGCAUUCUAUUAUAAACCCAACUUAACAAUGACGUAACUUCAAUACGGCUCAGUGCAAAACCAGUGCAUAUAGUGCAUGGUUAAACAUGAUUGUGGUUUUUGCGCUGAAAAAGUGUAGUAACUGUUCAGUGAUUUUGCCCCUUUCUCUUGUUUCUUUUAAAACUCUCUUCAUAUCAACUGUUCAAUGUGUUUGACAGAUAAUUUCUCGCAUUAAAUAUCUAUAAACUUGUAAAAGAAAGUCAUUUAAAAAUAUUUAUUGCAGUUUUUUGUCUCUAGAUUGUAAAUGACAGAUCUUUUUGCGUUUUUAUUGUGUUCGUAAAGCGUUACCUUCAUAUCUCUGCUCGGCUGCUCAUACUGAGUGAUGACAUGUAUUAUUAUCCCAGAUAUAUUUAUCUCUGAGUUUGUUGCCAAAAUCAAUUUCCUGUCUUUUGUUCCUCAGCUCGCUGAACUCCGCAUACUUACAAAUGCUGGCUGUAAUUUAUCACGUAACUUUCUCUUUUGGAAAGUCAAAGCAACUUAAUAAUGGAUUUUUCUUUUGCUGUUGGAGCAAAUGGGAGUGCAAAAAUAAUAUUUGCUGUGGUCUCCGAUUCACCCACUAUAGUUUACGUCUAUGUUCCAAACCUGGAAAUGUGAAAAGGGUCCAUUUAUUCCUAUGAGAUGUUCUGUAAAGCUCAUAUGAAGUGUCUGAGAUUUAUUUCUGCUCUCCAUUGCUAAAUUUUUGGACAUUCCUGAGUGCGUGUGGAUAAUUUCCACUAAAGCUUUCCUCCUUUUCUCUGCAGUAGACUUUUCGAUGUUGACUUUAUUCUGUUUGUUCUUUCUGACUGUUGGUAAACACGUGAAAGUCUCUCAGUGUGUCUAAACUAUUUUGUAGAGUUUAUUUUUAGAUGUUGCACUGAUGUCUGAUUCUCUCAAAUGCACCUUCUCUUCAACAUGCCCUCGGCUUUUUUAGACGGGCAAACAAAGGCGUGAAAUGGUCAGGAAUGUUGCUUUCUAAGAUAUCAGGUUUGCAGGUUGCGUGUUGGAGGUGUUGACAUGUACUGUAAAUAACAACAAUGUGAAUGGAGUAAUUGUACCAGAGGAAUGUUUUUAGCUGGUCUGGGAUGAACAUUCUAGUUUAUUGGUCUUUGGGUUAUGCUGGAUGCAUUGUGGUUUAAAGGUGGAAUUGAUGCUGAAACUAAUGAAUAAAGAGAUUUUGCACAAUUUCUCUGCAUUUUAUCAAUUUCAGCUACAUGUGAUGUAUAAGGAGACAUUCAUUUAUUCAAAUAAGGUUCUCAUAUAUAAAUAUGAGCCCCAUGCAGUGGCUCAGCUUUUACUCCAGGGGGCGAUUUUGCUUCACUUUAAAUGCAGGAAUAUCUGUAAAACAACACAAACUGCUUUACAUGUCAUAUUUAUAAUUGAUUUUGAAGUAAAACUGAGCCAAUUUGGGGGAUGUUUAUAUAUUACUAAAUUAACAGGCUAUUCACUGAACAAAGGGCGAUUUUUAAAUAUACAGUAUGCUAAAUUAAACCGAUCAGCCACAACAUUAAAUCCACCUGCCUAAUAUUGUGUCGGUCCCCUUCGUCCCACCAAAUCUGCACCAAAUGCGGGAUAGCAUUCUUGUCACCAAAAUUGUACAGAGUGGUUAUCUGAGUUACUAUAGACCUUGUCAGUUUGAGCCAGUCUGGUCAUUCUCUGUUGACCUCUC